GCCACAUUUCUGUAACAGCUGGGCCAAGCACGAUUCGGAUAGUUGGCAAUAUAGAAGAAGACAGGAGCAUUAAUAGAAAUAUAUGCACCAAAUGAAAUGGGAAAACACUCUCUAGAAAAUAAAAGGAGGAAGAGGCAAGAAAAAAGGAAGAAACACAGAAUGGAAAAGGCAAGGCUCCUGCAGUUGAAUGAGAGUUCUGAGGAAUUCGAAAUGUUCAAUAAAAAAAACACGGAGAAAGUUGGUCUUGAGGAGGAAUAUUCAAUUUUAGAGGAGGCAGAAAAGGAAGUAAAAUCACAGUGCGCAAAGGAUUCCAUAUAUAUCGAUGAAACGUUCAUAGAAAAGAGGACCAAUUACAAAACGGCAAAAGAAUUAUUUGGGGACGGGAACAGGGAUGCGGUUAAGUUGCGAAAAACAUUGGAGGAUGAAAGACAGAAAAGAGAAAAGCUUUUAAGAUUUACUAACCAUUGUAUUCAUUUUAUAAAAAGUAAGAAGAAAUGUAAAUUUUGCUGCAAGACUUAAAAGGAUUUUUGAUAUUGUUAAAUUGGUUAGUAGUAUAUUUCCAAAGAUUUUGAGUUAUUAGCACAUUUUUUAGUCAUGAGUAAUUGUAUAUUUUUUGGUAAUUAUCUAUUUUAAGCUUUUUCAAUAAUGAGUUGUUAGAAUUGUAUUUUUUGCAAUUUUUGAAUUUAAUAGUUCCAAAAGGGAAUAUUUAUAACCAUGUCAGGGAAACAAAAACUUUCAGUUUUUCACCAAGCUCAAAGAAAAAAAAUGUCAAGGAAAGAAUGUCCAGGAUGUAAACAAUCAUUUACAUCUAGGUAUUUUAGGCAGCAUAAAGAAAUGUUUUUUUGUAAUAAUCAAUGGAGUUGUUCCAAGUCUGGGUUAGAAAAUGUUGAAUUUUUAUCUCAGGAGAAUGUAGAGGAAUCAUCAGAGAGUUCAUCAGAUGAGAACCUAUCUUCUCAUAGAUUACACAAUGUUUUUCAAUCAUACAUUAGCAAAAAAUUUUCUGUUAAUUGUGACGCUGAGUCUGAAAGUGAAGAUGAGGUCUGGAAUAAUGCAAGUUUGGAGGAUUUAGAUUUAGACCUUCAAACAGAAGAACUUUGUGAAAGAAAUGAAAUUAAUGAUGUGAAUGUUUCAAACCCAAAUAUAAAAUUUGGGACACUUUUGAUGUGGUUAUGUAUAUUCAUUUGUACCUGGCAAGCCAUUUUUAUGCUGCCAGACUGUGUUAUAAACAGCCUUCUUUCAUUUUUACAUACAUUCUUUUCUAGAAUUGGAAAAGAGUCAUUCAUAUUUUCAAGUUUAGCUACUAUUUUUCCAGGCUCAGUUUAUUUGUUAUGGAAAAGAAUAGGCUUGAAAAAAGACAAUUUUACGAAAUAUGUUGUAUGCAGAAAAUGUUUUUCUAUUUACCUCUACAAUGAUUGUGUAUUGAAUUUAGAGGGCCAAACUGUGUCUGCUAAAUGUCCUUUUGUAGAAUAUCCUAACCAUACACAGCCAGCAAGGCGUAGACCAUGUGGGGAAUUGUUGUUAAAAUCUGUAACACUUUUAGAUGGUACAAAAAAACUUUACCCAUUUAAAACUUACUGCUAUAAACCUAUUCAAGAAUCUUUGCAAGAUUUAGUUAAAAGGCCUGGGUUUAAAGAUCUUUGUAACCAUUUGCGAUCAAGGAAGAAGUCACCUGGGUUUUUGACAGAUAUUUAUGAUGGAAAUGUCUGGAAGGAGUUUCAAAGUUCAGAAAAAAAUAGCUUCUUAACCCAUCGAAAUAAUUAUGGUUUAAUGUUAAAUCUAGACUGGUUUCAGCCAUUUAAACAUGUUAAAUAUUCAGUUGGUGUUUUGUAUGCAGUAAUUUUGAAUUUGCCCAGAAAUGAAAGAUUUAAAUUGAAGAAUGUAUUGUUGAUAGGUGUUAUUCCAGAUUUAAAACAUGAACCUUCUGUAAAUAGUUUCAUAACACCUCUUGUUAAUGAGCUUAAAGUAGCAUGGUCACAAGGAUUUCAGUUGGCUUCAUGUAAAAGUUCGUAUUUGAAAAAGAAUUUUAAAGUUGCGGUCAUGUGUGUUGGAUGUGACAUUCCAGCAACACGGAAAUUAUGUGGAUUUUUGGGUCAUUCUGCAUCAUUAGGUUGCUCAAAAUGUCUUAAAAAAUUUCCAGGUAGUGUAGGCAAUAAAGAUUAUUCAGGUUUCGAUGUAAAGAAUUGGUCUGCAAGAACACUUGAUGCUUAUAAUUUAUCUUCAAAAGCUGUAAAAAAAGCCAAAACUCAGACUGAGAAAGAAAAACUUGAAGCCUUUCAUGGAGUGAAAUAUUCAGUAUUGAGUGAAAUUGAGUAUUUUGACCCCAUAAGAAUGUCCAUUAUUGAUCCAAUGCAUAAUUUAUUUCAAGGAACUGCCAAAAAAAUGAUGAAAAUGUGGCUUGAUUUGAAAGUUUUACAUUCAGAUCAGUUAGUUUUGAUUCAGGAAAAGGUUGAUUCUGUUGAUGCAGCAAGCAACAUAGGAGGAAUUCCUAGAAAAAUUGCAUCCUCAUUUGGAGGAUUUACUGCUGAGCAAUGGAAAAAUUGGACACUUUUUUUCUCCAUAUUUGCACUUGCAGAUAUUUUGCCAAAAACAGAUUUGGAUGUAUGGCGAAAUUUUGUUUUAGCAUGUAGAGCUUUAACCUCUAAAUUUAUCUCAAGUGUAGAAUUAGCUAAGUUUGAUAAUUAUGUUAUUGAAUUUUGUAAAGGCGUGGAAAGAGUUUAUGGUGAUUCUUGUAUCACACCAAAUAUGCACAUGCAUUGUCAUUUAUCACAAUGUGUACUUGAUUAUGGUCCUGUUUAUUCUUUCUGGCUUUUUAGUUUUGAAAGGUAUAAUGGUCAUUUGGGAAGUAUCCCAAAUAAUAGUAGGUCUAUAGAAAUGCAGCUUAUGAGAGUUUUUUUAAGAGAUUCUUUUGUACAUUCUUUGCAAUUCCCUUGUUUGUAUUUUGAUGAAUUUAAAGGGUUUUUAUCACAGCCAGCGACAAAAAUCAAACACUUUUAUUCCAAUAAUUAUCGUUUAAUUAUAAAAUAA